AUGUCUCAACAACCGUUAGAUGACCGUCGGGGUUUUAAAAUCCGAUUCUCAUCGAUCUUAUUUCGCAAUAUUGAUAUUUGUUCUGUUUUCAGAAACACCAACCAAGAAAGAAUGACAGCUGCUCUUGUUGACACUACCAACACAAUGCCCGGAGAAACAACUGUUCCAGUUGAAAAUAUCAAGACCACCACUACUGAAGAAGCAACUCCAACUACCGCUGAAACUUCCACCGCUGCCACCACAGAGCUCACUGCCGAGGAAAAGUCAGUUUUUUUUCUUCUGAAGAAUUUUAAUCAAAGUUGGUUCUUAUUCCCAGGGCUACACAAUUGAAGAACAACUUGACAUCUGGAAAGUGUCUUUUGUUGACACGCGAAUUCAGCAAGGCUGCUGAUCUCUUGAGUUUCGCUUCUCAACUUGCGUAAGUUUUGAAAUGUUCAUACAUUUUCUAUUUCUAUGAAUUUUAGUGGUGAACUCUUCGGAGACGACAGCGAACAAUCAUUUGAUCCUUACUUCUACUAUGGACAAGCCCUUUUGGAACUCAAUAACUUGAAGAUCAAGUUUUCUCAAAUGCUGUGA